GAAUAAACGAGCUAUGGAAGGAGUUGUGUGAAUCUGUCAGCUGCAAAUACUCCCUCUGCAGUGGAAGCCGUGUUUAUAUGUAGCAUCAGAUCACACAGACACCAGGAAUCAUCAGUGCUCCAACAGGUUUUGGCUGUUUCCUGAUUUUGCCAUGAACUUGGAAAAGAGCUGUGUUCUUACCUCUGUAAUCAUGCUGCUUCAUCUGAUCAGUCAAGCAGAGGGACAAGGGAGAUUGAAAUUAACUGUUCUGUCUGAAGAUAGACUGCAGAUGAAAUGGAAAGAGGUUGAUGGAAACAGACAGGGGUAUAAAGUACGAGUAAAACCAUCUGCAGGUACCUUAGACCGGGAAAUAAUCUUGAAGACAAAUAUAGCAAAAGCAACAGUUGUUGGCCUUUCUCCCACUCAAGAGUACACACUGCAAAUAUUACUAUUAAAUGGAACACGGGAACAUCACUAUGCCAAAAGGAAAUUCAUUUUAAAUGUUCUGAAACAACAACAUUUAGAAAAAGUUCUCAAACGUAAACAAGACAAAAAGAAGAUUAUAGGUAAAGCAGGAGAGAAUGGGACUCAAUUGGACUUUAGUUUCUCUGAAAGCAAUUCAACAGGGUUGCAUCAAAUAGAAACAUUGCAUGGACUACAAUCAAAAAAAGUGAAAGGUCCAGAACGGAAAAAAUCAUCUGAUAAGACGAUGGAGAAUAAAAUGAAAGGGAGAUUGAGCAUCACUGCAAAUGAAAGUGGAAGAAUAUCGCAGGUGAAAAAUACGACACAAACUUUGCCUAAAAAUAAAAGAAAAAUGGUCCAAGACAAACGAAAGGAAGAACCGGUGUUUGAAGAAUUUCCUGCCAAGGGAGCUCAGUUCAAGUGCCAGUUGAGUACUGCUGCUGAUAUCAUAAUUCUAAUCGAUGGAUCCUGGAGUAUUGGCAGAGUAAACUUCCGAUUGGUGCGUCAGUUUUUGAUAAACUUAAUUACACCUUUUCAUGUUGAUAUGAAUGGAAUUAGAAUUGGAUUAACUCAGUACAGUGGUGAACCAAGGACAGAGUGGGACCUGAAUACUUACUCAAGCACAAAUGAGGUGCUAGAAGCAGUUCAAAAAAUACGCUACAAGGGAGGCAAUACUUACACAGCUCUUGCCUUGAAUCAUAUUUUCAAAAACACCCUAAAACCUUCAGCUGGUGCUAGGCCAAAAACGGCAAAAUAUUUGAUUCUGCUUACCGAUGGGAAGUCACAGGAUGAUGUCAACUCAUCAGCACAAAGCCUGAAGAAUGCUGGUGUUGAAAUAUUUGCGAUUGGUGUAAAAAAUGCAGAUGAAGCUGAGCUGAAACAAAUUGCAUCUGAUCCGCUUGAACUUCAUGUGCACAAUGUACUUGACUUUAGUCUUCUUGACUCACUUAGUAACCGACUCACAAAGAUUCUUUGUGGACAGAUCAAGACAAAGGCAAUCAAAGUGAAAAGUGGAAAUGAGAAGCCUGACAGUGGUACCAUUUUAUACCCAACUCCAACAAAUCUAGUUAUUUCUGAUGUAACAGCCAGAAGUUUCAAGGUCAGCUGGACACAUGGACCAAAGAAAGCAAAACAGUACCGUGUUGUUUAUUAUCCAACUAAAGGAGAAAUACCAAAAGAGGUGAUCGUGGAUGGAACAGUUUCAUCUGUAAUUCUGGAGAAUUUACACUCUCUCACUGAAUACCAAAUGGCAGUAUUUCCUAUCUAUGAAGAUUUUGUUGGUGAAGGUCUCCGGGGCAUUGGAAAUACAUCAUCUUUUCCAUCACUGAAUAAUCUUACAAUCUAUGAUGUCACACAUGACAGUAUGAGAAUUAAAUGGGAUCCUCAAGAAGGAGCCACUCAGUAUAUGAUCCUGUAUGAGCAAGUUUCUAAUGAUGGAAUGGAUGAUGGAAAAGAGGUGAGAGUUGAUGUUCAAUACACAGAUAUUGAAAUAGAAGGUCUCUCUGCAAGCGCAGAGUACGUUGUAACAGCUUAUGCUUUAUAUGGAGAGGAAACAAGUGAACCAGUAACUGCACAGCAAGCAACAUUUUCACUUCAAGCCCCAGCAAAUGUGCGCCUCACUGAACUUCGUCACAGUAGUGUUAAAGUAAACUGGGAGACAGCUUCAAGGAAAGUGAGAGGUCAUCGUAUCACUUAUGUGGCAGCCAAUGGGAAUGAUCCCAAACAGGUUGAAGUUGCUGGGGAUGUUGAAAACGUACUAUUGAAAAACCUAACUUCAUUGACAAAAUAUGUAAUCACUGUACUUUCUAUUUAUGACACUGGGACCUCUUUGCCUGUUACCAUUACUGGAGAAACAAUCAAGGUUCCACCUCCAUCAGAUCUGAAAGUUACUGAGUUUUUAGGCACCAAUUUAACGAUUAUGUGGAAACACGCUGCCAGCGAUGUUGUUCUGUACAAAAUAAAAUGGAUUCCCCUUAGCGGAGGAAAAUUAAAAGAGCUUGAUGUCAAAGGAAAUAUGGACACAACAGUGUUACAAGGUCUAGAGAAGAACGUCGAAUAUCAAGUAUCGCUGUCUGCACUAUACAAUGACACAGCAAAAAGCAAUGCCAUUGUUCUUCGCUAUAACACAUUUUCCAGAGAUCCACCAUCAAACCUUCUCAUAGAAACCAAGACACCGACCAGUCUCCAAAUCAGCUGGAGUCAUCCAAGUGCAAAUGUUCAACAUUACAAGAUAUCAUAUAUGGAUGUCAAAGGUGGCCAUGCUAGGGAAAUGAUCGUACCUGUUAAGAGAAACAGCAUCAUAAUACAGCCACUAACUGCAGACACUGUGUAUGAGGUCACAGUCACUGCCGUCUAUACUUCAGGUGAUGACGCCAGUAUAUCCAGAGAGGGCAAAACCUUACCAUUUAAUCCACCAACUAACCUGCGUAUCUCAGAAGUUUGGUACAAUCAUUUCCGAGUUAUGUGGGAUAAAGCUGACACACAACCACUAGGAUAUGCUGUGAUUUAUCAGGCAGCUCCUGAUCAAACCAUGGAAGUGAUGACAGGAGAGGAUGCAGAUUCAAUAGUAAUUAAGAAUCUGCAGCCUGGCCUAGAAUAUAAUGUUGAAGUAUUUGCAGUCUAUCCAAAUGGCAACAGCACAACUGUUACAGGAAAAGCUACAACUUUGUACUUGAAUGUAACUGAUCUUCAUACAUAUCAGGUCCAGUUGACCAGCAUGUGUGCUAAGUGGGAAGGACACCCUCAAUCCUCAACUUUCAGGAUUGUCUUAGAGUCCAUGAAAGAUGAAAAGACACAGGAAAACACUUUGCAUGCAGGCCAAGACACAUAUUGUUUCAGACUACUCUUUCCCAAUACUCUGUACAAGAUUACUGUGUACCCACGCCUACAAGAUAUGGAUGGACCUGCUGCUUCAGUUCUUCAAUCCACAUUGCCACUUCCGACAAGAUCUACAUUUGUUUCAAGUACUGUUCCUGUGGCCUUCAAAGCUUGCCGUGAUAUUACAGCUGAUUUAAACUUUAUAAUCGAUGGAUCCAGGUCUGUAGGAGGAAUGAAUUUCAAGAAGAUCAUUGCAUUUUUGUACGAUAGCAUUAGUGUUUUUGACAAAAUUGGCCCAGACGGAAUACAGGUGUCGGUGAAUCAGUUUAAUGAUCGCAUGAGGAAUGAAAUUCAGUAUGGCUCCUUUGGCAGUAAAGAGAAGUUACUGGGAGCAAUCUACGACAUACCUUACAGAGGAACUGAUUCUAAUGCAGUCAAGGGUAGCAGACCAUCCAAUGAUCCUUUUUCCAAAGAAGAAACACUGAGGAGGCACGGUGUUCACAAACUUUUGAUCGUGAUCACUCGUGGGACCAUACUGGGUGAAAUACAUCAAACGCUGCAGGAGUUAGGAUUGAAAGGUUUCUUUAUCUUUAUUCUUGGCGUCGAUGAUGCUGAUGAGGAGAAAAUUAAUGAAAUUGCAGUCACACCUAGCAUGAGAACUGUAUGGCAUGUAAAUGAUUUUGAUGAUUUAAGUGCUGUUGGAAACAAAUUUAUCUCAUCCAUUUGUCAGAUUGUCUCUACAACUUGUCCCUUAACAAAUAUUAAGGACACUGUCGUGCCAGGAAUUAACAUGAUGGAGGCAUUUGGCUUAGACGUCAGGGAAUAUUCAGAACUUGAAGGAGUUUCUAUGCAGUUUGACAUCUUUACAGGUUUACCAUCAUAUAUCAUUUUUGAAAAUGCGCAGCUUACACAGACCACCAGGAAUAUCCACCCCACCGGACUACCUCCAGAGUAUACGAUUACAUUGCUCUUCCGAUUACUGCAUAAUACUCCAAAAGAACCAUAUGCCAUUUGGCAGAUUGUAGAUGAAGAUUUUCAGCCUCUUGUUGGAGUGGUGCUUAACUGUAACCAACAAACUCUGAAGUAUUUUCAUCUUGAUUAUAAGAGUGAAUUACAGGAAGUUACUUUUAACCAACCCGAAGUUAAAAAAGUUUUCUUUGGAAGUUUUCAUAAGGUCCAUAUAGCAGUGAGUAGGACAACGGUCAAACUUUAUAUUGACUGCAUGGAAAUUGGAGAGAAAUCCAUGAAUGUUCUUGGGAAAAUCUCCACACAAGGUUUUGAGAUUCUAGGGAAACUGGUAAAUACGAAGGGCCCUGGCAGUCAAUCAGUGCCAUUUCAGUUACAAGCAUUUGAAAUGGUUUGUAAUACAUCAUGGGCUGACAUGGACAACUGCUGUGAUCUACCUGCACUGAGAGAUGAAGUGGCAUGUCCUCCUCUUAUCCAUGCUUGUACUUGUUCAUCAUCCGUCCAAAGGCGACCUGGGCCUUUAGGACUCCCAGGUCCUCCUGGUUUAAGAGGAGCCCAGGGUGAGCGUGGGGAACCAGGAUCUCAGGGUCCAGAAGGUCCAAUUGGUAGUCCAGGGCCUAGGGGGUCAGAAGGCCAACCAGGACCUCCAGGACCGAGAGGACUCAGUAUCCGUGGACCUUCAGGUCCUCCUGGUGAAAAAGGUCAGAAAGGUGACCCUGGACAAAGAAAUAGCCAGGGUCCUCCGGGUCCUCCAGGUCCUCCAGGGGCUGAAGGCCUUCAAGGACCAAAGGGUACAAGAGGACUGGAAGGUGCAAUGGGACCCCCAGGACUUCCUGGACCAAGGGGGCCACCUGGUAUCACAGGGCCAUCAGGUUAUCCAGGGGACCGAGGUUCACCAGGAAAAGUGGGACCAUCAGGUCUCCCUGGUGCAAAAGGAGAAAAAGGUGAAAAGGGAGAACUUCAGCCGCUUGCUACAGUUUAUCAGCUGGUUACCCAAGCCUGUGAGGAGCUUGUUCAGAAUCACAUGAUGAAAUUUGAUUCGAUUCUGACUGAGUUUACAAGGAACCCAGCACCUGUCCGAAUCAUACAGGGGCCAGCAGGAGAAAUAGGGCGCCCAGGAAAACCAGGACCACCGGGAAGUAGAGGGCCUCCCGGAAUACCAGGCAUGCCAGGAGAUGAUGGCAAGGCUGGCUACCCAGGAGAAAUAGGUAAACCAGGUGAUAAAGGAGAGAAAGGUAGCCCAGGAGUCAGUGCUCCAGGGUCUGAGGGACCAAGAGGGUCUCCAGGUUCUCAAGGUGAAGGAAAACGUGGAAAACAAGGACCACAGGGCUUGCCUGGCCCACCAGGCCGUCCUGGGCUACCAGGUCUUCCUGGAACCACUGGGCCACCAGGUCCCGCAGGACAUUGUGAUGUCUCUACCUGCAGCACAUUCAACCCAGGAGGAGAAUCAGAAUUUCAAUCUGAGGUUGAAUCAGAAUUUGAAUCUGACGGUGAAUUGCAAUACCUGCCUUAAAUAAUUUACAGUUAUGGAAGAAACUUUUUUAAUUUGUAAGAAUAAUUUAAAAUAACUAAACCAAAGUCCAUUUCAAGUUGAUCAAGAACAGAAGCAUUUUUACAUUUCAUAGUUAUGGUAGUGUAAGUUCUGGUGUGCACUAUUCCAUGAAGAAUGCUUAUGUAUUAUUAAAGACUGAAAGUGUUGACUAUUAAGGCAGAGUUCCAAUCAUUUGUCAAAUGAAUUUUUUUAUACCUUUUUGGUUUAUGACAUCUUCAUUCUUAAAUCAAUAUGAAUAGAUGAGUACUGUAAUUUGGUAUUUUGCCUCUAUGCAUAAUUAAUUAAGAUUUUAUGAAAUACCCUUUGGAUGCAAGGGCAAAUUUUGUCAUGUCGCUCAAUGUAAUCCUGGGAGAUGUAGAUAUUAGAAUCUGAAUAUUUCUCAUUCAACAUCGUUUAAUACAUGAAUAUAUUCACAAAAUAAUUGUACUAAAUGCCCAGAAUUAAAUAUGGUUUAAUAUUAUAAAUGUACUUAUUAAUUGUAGCAUACUGUUUAUUUUGAGUUUGAUUAAUACUACCAGACUAACUUUAAUGAGUGAGCAGUCUGUCUAAUUAUUUAAGGAUUUACGACUGUGUUUCAAAUUAUGUUUACAUUUUGAUUGUAUUCCAAAAACAUCAAUAAAUAUAUUUAAAUCAAA